ACCGAACCGGGUCAAGUAACUCAGUUCCAUCACAUAAGAUCCUCAUCAAUGAACUCACUAGCAACUCCAAGUCCACGAUGAGCAACCACCGGCCUCUCCGCCACUCCGUCAACCCUCCUCCUCCCAUCCCUAUUCCCAUCCCUUCUCGUUUCCAUCCUUCCAACCCUUCUCCUUUCCCUCCCUUCUCCCCCCUCUCCAUCUCCACCCCUUCCAAACGCCGCAUCUCCGUUUCCACCUCCUCCUUCUCCUCCCUUCUCCUUCUCCUCUUCUCCCUCCGAUCCCUCUACUCCCUUCUCCCCUUCCUUCGCUCCUCCCCUUCCUCCUUCUCCCUUUUCCCCUUCUCCUUCCUCGUCUCCCUCCUUUCUCUUGUCCUCUCCCUCCCUUUCUCCCUCCCCCUCUCCAUAUCCUCUCUCCGCCCCCAUCUCCGCUCUCUCGCCGCCAGAUCCUCUCUCCUCACUCUUGUCUUCCUAUUCCGCUUCCAAGCUCUCCGCUACUGCGGUACUUCCGCUACCAUCCUCGCUGACUUCUCUGGCUCCCUCGUCGCUCAAUCCCUCUCCUACUCCCACUCCCACCGCCGCCGUGACGCCCGCAAACUAAUUGGUUACGCCUCCCUCAUCUCCGCUCUCUUUUUCCUAUCCCGUAGCUGGGAUCGCACCGGUUGCGCCCCCUUAUCCUCCUCUCCGCCGCCUCCCGAUGGUUGCAGCCGCGUCGCCCCUUUGCUGCUGCCUUUCCUCUCCGGUUUUUUGGGGUUCCACGAGCGCGCCUCUUCCAAUUGGGCUUCUCUUCGUCAAUUAGGUCGGAAAAGAUCUCGCCUUGCUUCUCUUGCGCUCACCAAUGUCUUCCUCUUUGUUCCCGCUCUCAUUAGCUUUCUCCGCGAAGGCGGUGAGGAGAUGGCUGCUGUUUCGUUUGGGAGCCUUGGAUGGCCUCUGAUUAACACUGUGAUCUUUGGUGUGGUUAUUGGUGAUCAUUAUGGUGAUGACAAGGUUGUUACUAGUGGGAAGGAUCUGCGCAGAACUUUCACGGUAACUUUCGUUUGCACUCUUGUUCUUGAGCUUUUCUACUUCCCAAAGUUAUCUAUGCCUGGAUUUUUGUUCUGUGGGUUCUUGAUGUGGCUUUCUGUUCAAGAGCUGGUUGCAUGUUUGCCUAAUUUUGUUGAAAUUGGUAGCUCUGAUCCUUCUGAGUCUUUAUAUUCAAUGAUUAUGAAUCCUCUUCGGCACAUUAUGACUGAGAGGAAGUCUAGGAAGAUUGCUCUUUUUCUUCUUAUUAACACAGCAUAUAUGGUGGUAGAGUUUGUGGCUGGGUUCAUGAGCAAUAGUCUUGGGUUGAUUUCUGAUGCUUGUCACAUGCUAUUUGAUUGUGCUGCAUUGGCUAUUGGCCUUUAUGCUUCCUAUAUUUCUCGACUACCUGCGAACCAUCAUUACAGCUAUGGCCGGGGGAGGUUUGAGGUGCUUUCAGGGUAUGUGAAUGCUGUGUUGUUGGUUCUUGUUGGUGCUCUCAUUGUAUUGGAAUCAUUUGAGAGGAUUCUUGAUCCUCAAGAGAUAUCAACCAAUAGUUUGUUGACAGUGUCAAUUGGUGGGCUUCUUGUCAAUGUUGUUGGCCUAGUUUUCUUCCAUGAGGAGCAUCAUCAUGCUCAUGGUGGUAGUGGAGCAUGCUCUCAUUCUCACCACAGCCACCACCCCCACCACAGCCAUGAUCACCAUGAUCACCAUCACCACAAUCACCACCAUAGCCAUGAUCACCAUGAUCACCAUUAUGGCAUUGUUAUGCAAGAUCUAGAUGCCAAAAUUGAGCAACAUCAGCACAAUGUUCAUUCUCAUGACUCUUCCAGUGGAAAUCUGCAUACUGUGCAUGUUAAUCAUUGUUGCAACCAUAAUAACCAUCACAAUGAUGAUCAUCAUCAUCUCCAUACAGAUGUUAAAAAUGGAAAUGCUUGUAAGUCCAGCCAUGAGCAUCAAAACCAAGACCACUCUUCACAUGGUCAUUUUCCAGACCACACAAACAAUGGGUGUCAUGUUGAGAAGGAGAGCUGUUCUCAUAAAGAAACUGUACAUUCCUCUUCAGAACAUCAGAAUAAUCAUUCUUCAUCCUCGAAGCAGCAGCAUCACCAUAUUGACCACAACAUGGAAGGUAUUUUCUUGCAUGUGUUAGCUGAUACCAUGGGAAGUCUUGGAGUUGUGAUCUCCACCCUCCUAAUAAAGUACAAAGGAUGGUUUGCGGCAGAUCCAGCAUGCUCUAUAUUUAUUUCAAUUAUGAUUGUGUCUUCUGUUGUCCCAUUAUUAAAAAAUUCUGCUGAAACUUUGCUUCAAAGAGUUCCAAGGGCUAAUGAACAGGACCUCAAAGUAGCCUUGCAUAAUUUGAUGAAGGUUGACAGUGUGUGUGGAUUCCGAAAUUUGCAUGUUUGGAAUUUUACAAACACGGAGCCUGUGGCAACAGUUCAUCUUCACUUGUCAGCAGAGGGUGAUAAGACUCGUGUGAAGAAGAGAUCAAUGAAUCUGUUUCAUGAAGCUGGGAUAAGGGAUGUUACCGUUCAAGUAGAAUAUGUGAAUACCUGACUGGAGGAAGUAUUUAGAACACACAUCAGGUAAAGAACUACAGGCAAUGUCAAGCUUAGAUCGGAUAUGGGACAAUUGGAGUGUACUGGUUCUGACGUUCACACUGGCAUAUGCCUCUCAAUCUCAGUAAAAUGAUUUUUUGGCAGCCAUGUCCCAUGAUAGACAUUGAUUCUUAAAAUGUUAUUAUUUGGUCACUUAGCAGUCCUUGGAUGAAGCUGGUUAGUUUGCAUUUUUGUGGCCAAAUGAGAUCUAAUCUGUCAAUUGAAAGAUUUGUGGACUUUUGCUUGUUUCAUACUAAAUUUUGGCAGUAAACAAAGUUUAACAGGAUAUAUUGAGAA